UUUCCUCAGACAUUAUUCCCGGUUUUUUCUCUGUCACGCCGACUCCCGGGGUGGUGCGGAGGAGCCUUUUUUUUUCCCCUGACGCCUUCUGGUCAGGGCCACUCUGGCUACCUCUGCCCCUGCAAGACUGUAAUCCCGGAGCCUCUGGAUGGCGGCUGGCCCACGUUAGUCGCCGGAGGGAGCUGGGUUGACCGGUUUAAUAUGGAGCACUUGACACCUGCCAAGGCAGGAAUGGCACACCUGGGUGUGUGUUUUGCCAAUGCAGACGCCUCUCCAGUGGUUCUGAGGACUGUGAAAAGACAUACACCAUUUCACCACAGUUCAGCCAGACGGAAGAUUCCUAGAACAGACUUGCCAGUAGGGAAUGCAGAGCAGAUUGCAGUGUUGCUGCAGAAGCAAUGGCACCUGUAUCAUGUAACACCUCUAUAUAGAUUCUCCUACAGCAUGUUGAAGAAAUAUUCCAAUGAGUUGUCAGUCUUUAUUGCUACUGAGAAGAAAAAGGGAAUGGCAAUUGAAGGGGGAAUUGAGCUUGGCAAUGAGGCGAAGUUCUCCAUGCUCUCAGGUCUUCGAGCUACUGAGAAUGAUCCAGAGGCUGUUUUCAUACAGAUAAUGGCAAAGACUGCAGCCCAUCAGGGAAUUGAUAAGAAAGUUGUCUGGUCUGGGUGGAUGUGCUGUGUUGAUGGAGACUUCGGCUUCCUGGAAUCUCUCCCAGUGGAGUUCAUCUGUCUACCCUUGCUUUUUGCUAAUGGCCCUAAGAUAGUUACAACCAUGGUUGGGGAAUGGUUGCAGAAGACAUUUGACUGUUACAUUAGUGCCUUUCCCAUUAGCUCAGAGAACCUGACGUGGAUGGCUGCCAUGUGGGCCAAUUGUUUCUCAGACUCUGUCCAUCGGAUGAUGGAAUUGGAGUGGUCUGUGCCCCCCGUGCAACUGACCAUUUCACUUAGUAUUCACCCAGAGGAUGCUAAAGCACUGUGGGACAGCAUUCAUACAAAUGAGGAUGAAAUCACCAUCGAGGAGGUGGAGCUAUUCAUGAGCAGCCUCCAUUCACAUUUCUACAGGCAUUUUGGGGUGCGGCUUGCUGCUACACAACUGGUAAAUGUAUCAACAGCCAUAGCAUCUGCUCACUGUGAUGGCAAAUUAAUGCUGUUCAACUGCAAGCAUAUAGACCAUGUGCUACCAUUUCUAACUGAGCUGGCUUUUCAUCAAAUACAGUACCAACCACGUCUCUGCAGCAGUAUUGAUUAAAUUUGACUGGAUCAGAACAUAAUCUCCAUUGAAUCCUUGGACAAUUUUUCUGCUCUGAAAACAACUAGUCAUUAGACUAAAUCUCAAGAUCACUGGACAUGCAGGAGGAAAAAUGGAUGUGACUUUGAGAGUGAUCAGACCUGAUUUGCUUAUGCCAAAUAAACCUUUUAUUUGUCUAUUGAUGAAGAAACUGAGCUGCUAAAACUAAUUAUCUUUUAGGUCCAUGUACAGUACACAAUCUGCAACUGUCAGCGUCUGACUCUUUUAAUAGAUGUGAACUGAAGGGACGAAGUCCAUUUUUAAAAAUAGCAUUGCACAAACUUUAUUCAACUUUUUGUGAUGUCAGGACUUUUAGUUGAGGUUUGUGUUAAAUGAACUUUAUGAAUAUUAUCCCAGUUUUUAUACAUUUUUGUGAGCAUCAAAGCUAAAAUCACUAA